ACACACACGCAUACGCACACUCACACGCAUGCACACACAAAGAGGGGUGCAGUGGACCCAGAGUGGAACACGUGGUUCCUCGGUGCAGCCCUCGGGGCGCAGCGCCACUUCCUCUCACGUUUGGAUUCUUGUGGAGUUUGAAGCUGCAGCUGCAGAUCUGAGCUGGACCUGGAUACAUCCUCACCUCCGCCUCUCCUCUCUCUCAUGCAGCAGGAUCCCCAGGGUGGUUUUCUUCUUCGUUAACUUCUGCCUGAACCAAGUUUCUUCUCCUCUCUGCUGCAGCAGCCUCAGACUCUGACUCCACCUGGACACCUCUCUAGACUUUGGGCUCAUGCUUCUGCGAUGCUGUGGCUGUGACUCCGAGCAGCAGUGUGUCAGCGGUACAGUCUGGUGAAGCACAAUGAAAGACGACUUUGCUGAUGAAGAGGAGGUGCAUUCCUUCGGCUAUAAGAGGUUUGGAAUUCAGGAGGGGACAGAGUGCACCAAGUGUAAAAAUGACUGGGCUCUGAGGGCGGCCAUUGCACUUCUCUACGUGCUCUGUGCACUGCUCACCAUCGCUGUGGCGGUCCUCGGAUACAAAGUGGUCCAGAGAAUGGACAAUGUGACCGAGGGUAUGCAGAAUUAUGGAGGCAAGAUCAAUGCUGUGGAGACAGACUUGAAGAAAUUUGAUGAUCAGGCAGGAGAGAAGUCCGUUAAUGCAACCAGUGAAAUCAAGACUUUCAAGUCAGACCUGGAGUUCUUACAGAACAAACUGAAUGACAUUGCGCUGAGGGCAACCAGAAACCGAGACGUCCUGGAUGAGCUCCGGAUCACAGGCGAUGACGUGCAAAACGGCCACGGGUCCCUGCAGAGCUUUCUGGAAGGAAAUGCGGCCUCACUGCGUGGCCUCAACCAGACCCUGCUCACUUACAGUGGUGUGAUUGACAACCUCCAGACGGACACAGCACGGCUUCAGUCAGAGAUACAGGGCCAGGCUAAAGAACAGAGCCAGACCCAGGUUACUGUCAGUGCACUCAACAUCACCCAGGCCCAGCAACGCAGUCUGCUCGGCACACUGCAGAAGACGGUGGAAGACGCGGGACAGGCGGUGCAGAAACUGAAGAAUGAUUAUCAGGGUCUGCAGCAGACGUCCAGACAGAACCGGGCUGACACGGAGUGGCUGAAGGAAAAGAUGCAAAAUCUCCAGGUUUUAGCAGCGAACAACUCAGCCGUGGCCCGGUCCAACGAGGAAGCUCUUGAUGACCUGGAUACGCAGCUCAGCGCUCUGGCCAGUCAGAUCCAGAACACCUCCGCCCUCACCGAGCGACACGACCAGAAGAUGCGUGAGCUGAUGGACCACCAGAGAGACCACGACAACAUCACCUCAUCCAAGUUUGAUGAGAUAGAAGUACGAUUAGACAGACAUGAGAACGCCAUGGACCGCGUGACCGGAAACAUGAGCUUUGCCUCACAGGUCCUCGGUGCCAUCAGCGUCGACCUGACCGGCCUGAGGUCCUGUGCUGAGACAGUGAUGCGACAUUCAGACCUGAUACUGGCGCUGAAUGGUAGCGUGAUGGAGGCUCAGGCGGAGGGCAAAGAGCUGCGCAGCCAGCAGGAUGUGCUGACAGCCAGGCUGGACGGUGAGGUCAACAACCUGUCUAUGGUGAUGGAGGAGAUGAAGCUCGUGGACAGCAAGCACUCUCAGCUCAUCACCAACUUCACCAUCCUGCAGGGUCCACCGGGUCCAAGGGGCACCAAAGGGGACAAGGGUCCACAGGGGCCAAUGGGCCAAGCAGGACAAAAGGGUGAUAAAGGAGACGAAGGGGUGCUAGGACAGGUGGGACCCAAAGGAGAGAAAGGUUCUGCUGGACCUCCAGGUGCGACAGGUCCUCAGGGUGCAAAUGGUGGUCGGGGUGUUCCGGGAUCCAAAGGAUCGAGAGGGCCAGGAGGUCGAUCUGGAAACCCUGGUGAUAAAGGUGUCCCAGGGAAUCCAGGGUAUCCUGGUAUCGAUGGAAAGCCAGGGAUGCCAGGAUCACAAGGCCCACAGGGGCCCAGAGGUGUAAUGGGACCGGCAGGAUUGGAUGGGCCUCGUGGGCCUGUUGGACCUAUUGGCCCUCCCGGCCCUCCAGGGCUUCCAGGGUUACCUGCAGUUGCCCCUCCUCUAAUAUUAAAGCCAACUCAGUCCACUCAGGUCCCUGGAUCUCCCAAAGCACCUGAACCUCCCAAAGCAUCUGAACCAUCCAAACCAACCGAGGAACCACAAGGGUCUGUGUCCCGGCAGGUCCAACCCCCAGUGGUCACCACUCCAACUCCUGGUUGUCCACCAGGGUUCAGAAAGUUUGGAGACAGCUGCUAUUACCUCUCCUCUGAGCCCCAGAGACUCAAAUUUGAUGAGGCCAACCACUUUUGCACCAACAUGUCAUCGUAUAUGCUCAUUAUCAAUGACAAUGAAGAGCAGGAGUUUGUGAAAGAUGCAAUAAACGGAAAAGGUUAUUUCUGGCUGGGCCUGACUGACAGAGACGAGGAAAAUGUCUGGAAGUGGGCGGACGGGACGAUACCUGUUUUCAAUAAGUGGAAGCCCGGCCAGCCUGAUAACUGGACCAACGGUCAUAAAGGCGGCGAGGACUGUGCUGGUCUAAUCCGUAAUGCCUUCUGGAAUGACUUCUACUGUACCGAGCGCAUCGAACUACGGUGGAAAUCUGUUGUUGUCGACACACCAGCGAUGCCUCUCUUCGCGACCAACCCAUUCGACCAAGAUGUGGAGAAAGCUACCAGUGAGAUGAACACAGCUGAGGACUGGGGCCUCAUUCUGGACAUAUGUGAUAAGAUAGGGCAGUCACGCACUGGACCUAAAGAAUGUCUCCGCUCUAUAAUGAGAAGAGUGAACCACAAGGAUCCUCAUGUUGCCAUGCAGGCGCUGACUCUUCUUGGUGCUUGUGUCUCAAACUGUGGGAAGAUCUUCCACUUGGAGGUGUGCUCCAGAGAGUUUGCCAGUGAAGUCAGUAACGUCUUAAACAAGGGCCACCCCAAAGUGUGUGAGAAGCUUAAAGCCCUCAUGGUGGAGUGGGCGGAGGACUUCCGCAAUGAUCCACAGCUGAGCCUGAUCUCAGCAAUGAUUAAAAAUCUACGUGAGCAGGGUGUUACCUUUCCUGCAGUGGGGUCCCAGGCUGCAGAGCAAGCAAAAGCAAGUCCUGCUCUGGUGGCAAAGGAUCCGUCCACCUCAUCAAACAAGAAAGAAGAGGAAGACUUGGCCAAAGCUAUUGAGCUGUCGCUGAAGGAGCAGCGUCCGCAGACGUCCUUGUCGGGCCUUUACCCGAACACCUCUAGCCUGCUCUCCUCGCACAAGUCAGACGGAAGGAAAGUCCGCGCCAUCUAUGACUUUGAGGCUGCUGAGGACAACGAGCUCACCUUCAAGUCUGGAGAAAUCAUCACUAUCCUGGACGACAGUGACCCCAACUGGUGGAAAGGGGAAACUUAUCAGGGAGUGGGACUGUUCCCGUCCAACUUUGUCACUGCUGACCUCACUGCGGAGCCUGAGAUGAUGAAGACGGAGAAGAAGACGGUACAGUUCAGUGAGGACAUCCAGGUGGAGACUAUAGAGCCGGAACAAGAGCCUGCAUACAUAGAUGAGGACAAAAUGGACCAGUUACUGCAGAUGAUCCAGAGCGCAGAUCCCACAGACAAUCAGUCAGACAGCGCCGAGUUAUUACAGCUUGAAGGUGCCUGCAAUCAAAUGGGACCCCUCAUUGACCAGAAGUUGGAGGAUAUAGACAGGAAGCACUCAGAGCUGUCAGACCUGAAUGUUAAAGUGAUGGAAUCUCUGUCGCUGUAUGCCAAGUUGAUGAAUGAGGAUCCGGUUUACGCCAUGUAUGCCAAGCUGCAGAGCCAACAGUACUACAUGCAGCAGCCCGCUAAUGCAGCACAACAGGUGUACCCUGGUCAGCCUGCAUCAGGUUCAUAUGCCAUGAGCGGUACUGCAGUGCAGGGUUACAGUGUUCCCAUGGAGCAGCUUCCUCCUGGAAGCUCCAUACCUGGACAGCCAGCUCCCAGCGAUGUUCAUAUGUACAUGGGCCAGCCGCCAGUCUACACUGCUGCUCCAGGCAGCAUGGCCCCAGCAGACAUUCACUACCACAACCCAGCUGCCGGCCACGGUCCCCCUCCAGGCACGGUUCCCACAGGCAUGACGCACACGCAAAACUACAGCCACCCCUCCGGCCCGAGCAUAGCACCUUCCACAGACGCCGCACAGGCCCCCUACUCGGAGAAAGCCUUGCUAUAGGGCCCCCUUUGAUCACUGUUCUCCUUACAGGCACCAGGCCUGAUCAAAUGGUGGUCAGAGAUUAUUUCUUUUACUAUAUUUUAUGAUUGGUUUUUAAUCGUGAAACACCAGAAGGAUGGAAAAUACAAACAAGAGUGCGCUAACCUUGACAUUUGCCAUUCUGUGUUAUUUUAUCUGGCAGAUAAAAAGUCCGCUUUGAUUUGAAGAAUUCGCCCCAAGUCACACUUGGGCGUCUCCUUCGUGUCUUCACUUGAUUUAUGUGAACAUGGAGGAGACACGCAGGCGCUUCAGUUGCACUUAUUUAAUUUCUGGAUUUCACUCAAACCUCUUGUUCUCAAAUCUAGAUCUAAUAGCAAAAUAUCCAUUUUAAACGUACAAGACCUGGCAUUAACAAUUUCCUGUUAGUGACAGGCCUAUUAAAAAUUGUUAUUGGUCCGUAUUUUUUGAUAAUUUCUUUUGAAGUUUCCUGGUAAGAACCACUUAACUAGCAAAGAUUAAUUAGGACAAAGUUAAGUUGAAUCUAUUGUCAGUUAUUGAUCAAUUCUAGUGGAAAAUAAAACGUAAACCAGUUUAUUCCUCAAACCGUACACAGGUUUUGGGAUUGUAUAGACUAGGCCUCACAUGUUCAGCUUGUUAAUGUGAUUACAAAUAUUUGGGUCACAAUAGCAAUUAUUUGAAUAAUUUAACAAGGGAUCCAGUUUCUGUAGUGUGUUUUAUCUUUGAUACCAAAUUCCACAACUUUCGAGGAAAUUAAGAAAUUCCAGACCUGAAUGAAGCCUAACCAAAAUAUUUUGCGAUAACAAGUGUAACUACUUCAAUCCAACAACACAAUCCAUAUGCACGUACAAAUAUAAAUGAAUGCACAAAGGCAUUCCUUCAUGCACACUGGACCUGCACAACCCGAUGCACACACUACAGGAAGGUGUAGAGCAGUUACACUCACAGCGAUACACUUACAACACUUGGCUCACACAUCAUCAGUCGUACUUGAUGAUUUACCGUCACACACCACAGACUUCUCACCGACUUAAAUCUACUGUGGUGCUGAUCUUAUCACUAAAAAAGGAGUUGAAUUCCAUUAACUUGCUUUUUAUUUAAAUAUCAAAAGUGACAUUUGGCAAUGCUAAAAGAAAAUGUCUGGCUACUACAUUCUGUAUAUGUUGUCAAUUUUAAGAAGUACUGAAAACUGAAGCCACUUUGUUUUUUCGAGGGAAACGAAAUGAGAGUAAUUCAAGCAUGCACAUGACUCUUGUAUAUACUGAACUGAACCAGUAGUGAAGCCACAUGAUGACCUCAUGGGUGGGAUGUCUGUUAGCACAGCUCUGGUUGGUUUUGAAGGGAAACUCUGCAGUCAUAUGUCACAGAUGAAUAAAAGGUGUAAAAGCCAAAGAGGGACAACCCGUGGAAAACAAAACCCACAUGCUAGAUAAAGACAAGAUAAUUUUCUUGUUUUCUUUCAGUGACUCCUCACUUUAUGCUGCAGAGUUUCUUUAUUUCUAAAACUAUCAGACCUGCAUCCUUGUUGCUGGAUGUAGGAGUCACUGUGUCUCCGUUCAGGAGCCUUACUAACGGACUCUUACCACAGACUUGGCUACUAAGGGGGGGAACUCUCUGAACCUCUCCAGUGUAUUUGAAGCAUCUCUUUAGUCAGUGUUGAAAAAUGAAUACUACGAGUUUUCUUUUUUGUAGUGCAUUUUAAUUAUGUUUUGAUUAUUGUUAAGCUAUUUUAAAUGGAGAACCAGUACAGGAUGUAUGUUUUCAGAGAAAGGUGGAGUAAGUGAUAUUCUGCCAAACUUAGUUGUAUAUUUAAAUGUCUCACACGAGAAUAUGGACACUUCUGUGUUUGAUACAUGCUUGUCGUACUGUAGGGUCGAAUGGUAAUGUGAAAACUGAUCAAAACACUCCCCUCCACGUUCAUCUCAGACCUGUCAUAUCUUAGAACUGUUCAACACUAAAACAGACCCUAUCUAAAGCUGAACAGGAACUAGAGGAGAGCGCAAACCUCCUAAGGCCCAACUGUCCCUGUAAAUUCAAUCAAGCUGCAGCGACGCACUCAUCGAUAUCACUUCCUUUUUAAAUAUGCUUGAUUCUUUAUUUUUUUUUUCCUCAAGAUCCAUGCAUUUAUUUAACUUGUGUCAAAAAAGACAAAUCUUGCAAUGGGCCCUUGUUCAGAUCCAUGUUUAAACCAAUUGGCAGGUACAAGAAUAUAACGUCCUUGGGGGAGGUGAUGAGGUCUAAGAUCCUGGACAAGUACGUUCAAGAUUUGUACAAAUUGUUCAAAGUUCUCUUAACCAAAACCUCCAUAAGCUAUUGGUGACAUUGCUGAGGGAAAGAUCAAAAGUACAAAGUCUCCUUCUCAUAAAUUUAUGUAAGACUCAUUUAUGUGGAUUUUAAGUGUCAAGUCAUUGGAAAAGUUAAUUUUUACAGAACGAGUGGAAUGCAAACGGCUGAGACUGGGAAAUAUUUAUGUUGUGUAAUAUCGAAUGAUGCUAAAUGAAGCCGUUUUUAAAUCUGUUUAACCAGAUGAAGUCAUGUGUUGAGGUGACUUGAGUUCCUAUGUUUCAAAUGUGCUGCUUUUCGUCGUCCCUGUGCCGCCUUAAGAAUCUGAAACAACCCGCAGCUCGAGUGCUUGGUACCUGGGACUUGCAAACGAGGACAUUUUAUUAUGCCGACCUUGUUUUUUUUUUUUUUUUUUAUAGCAUUAACUUAUUUGAUUCAAAGAAAGAAUCCCUUCCGGUGCUGCCUUCAACGCUCGGGUGAACUAGUGUUAAAUCUUUUGGAUCUAAGAGGGUUCGACAAUAUCGAAGUAGCUGCUGUUCUGGGACCGCGGUAGCAGAAGCCACACAUUAUCCCAAUGUAACAUGUUGCACCGCAGUGUCUGCACCCCCCCCCACCCCGAUUAAUGUACAGUAAUGAGAUGCUGCCUGUUCUUAAGUUUGAAACCGACAUUAUUGUAAAGGUUCUGUCUAAACUUGUUUCCUGCUGUUUGUAUCUAUUCUUUUAACCAUACUUAUUAAAUUGGUAUUCACAAUAAAACCAGGCCAAAUGUACAGGAAA